AUGAAGAAAGGGGCGGUAGCGGGAGGAAUCGUAUCACUCACAGCUGUAAUCGGUUAUCUCAUAUUCAUCGCACAUGCCGUUAUUUCGACUUCCCUAGGACAUCGCAACAAAGAACUAACAUAUUUCAAGAGAAGCCAUGAAGUGUUGCACAAAUUCGACCACGAGAGAAUGUCUAGUCUCAACAUAGGCACACCAAAACUCUCGACGAAUACAUAUCACGACACGAUCGAGAACGAUCCAAAUAGGGACUACACAUACUUGGGAACACGAGAAAAUGCGACUCUACUGAUGUUGGUACGAAAUUGGGAACUUGAUGGCGCACUCAAAUCCAUGAGAUCUCUGGAGGACAGGUUUAACAGAAAAUAUCACUACGAUUGGACUUUUCUGAAUGAUGUGCCGUUCGAUGACGCCUUCAUUGAAGCCACUUCAGCUAUGGCAAGCGGGAAAACCUCCUAUGGUCUAAUACCCAGCUCCGAUUGGGAUCGGCCAAGCUCGAUAGAUGACGAGAAAUUCGAAAGCAGCUUACAGCUGAUGCAAGAGAAGGGAGUUAUCUACGGUGGAUCCAAAUCCUACAGAAAUAUGUGCCGUUUCAACUCUGGCUUUUUCUUUAGGCAAAAACUCUUGGACCAAUAUCGAUACUAUUUCCGAGUAGAACCUGACGUCGAAUACUACUGUGACUUCCCGUUUGAUCCUUUCAGAGUCAUGCGGGAGCAACGCAAAAUUUACGGCUUCGUUAUAUCGAUGUAUGAGUAUGAAGACACUAUUCCAACUCUGUGGGACGCGGUGGAGGAGUUCAUGGCAGACAACCCUGACAUAGUGGAUCUGGAAACCAAUAGCUACGACUUUAUCAUUGAUGACAGUAUGAUAGGUACAGAGAUGCCAAUUAUCCAGUCGAACUCCAUGUACAAUCUUUGUCACUUCUGGUCGAACUUCGAGAUCGGAGACCUAUCUUUUUUCAGAAGUGAAAGGUACCUGAGGUAUUUCGAACACUUAGAUAGAAAGGGAGGUUUUUACCUUGAGCGUUGGGGAGAUGCGCCGGUUCAUUCAAUCGCGGUUGCUCUUCUUCUUCGACAAGACGAAGUGAUUCAUUUUGACGAACUAGGGUACUACCAUAUACCCUUUGGCACAUGUCCGACCGCCCAUAAUAUAAUGUUACAGCAAAGGUGUGCGUGUGAUCCAGGCGCGGACAGCAACAUCGACAUUAAGGCUCAUAGCUGUCUGAACCGCUGGUGGAAAAUGGGAGGCGGGAAAUAUUUCAUGAAGCAUGGAUAG